GUCAAGUCGGCCAAGAGAUUUUCAGCAUGGCGGGAGAUGAUUGAAAGAAACUUGUUGGUGUUGGUUGUCUUAACCUAACUCGCCUAAGUGUAGACACAGUAUACUACAAUGGCUGAGGGUUUUUCGUUCUGUCCUAUUUGCCAAUUACCUUUAAAAGCUAUAAGUAUUCCACCAGAUUUGCAUGUAUCUGAAUGUAUGACAAGAACGUAUGAUAGUGAUAAUGAAGAAUGUGUGAAGGGAGUGCACUGUCUGAGCACAGAUGUGUUUCAUUAUCGAGAUUUCACACACAAACUAUUGGCUGCAUACAGGUCUUCGUCUGAUUUUGUACCUCCAGAUGUUGAAAUAAAACCUUCACCUAAGAAAAGAAAACCCGCAGUCAUGCGCCACUCACCGAGAAAAGCCAGAACACCAAUAAAAUGCCAGAUAGAUAAGAGCACUGAUAGUGAUUCUGAUUCAGACAUUUUAGUUCAACCAAAGCGACCCCGCAGAAAUUCUCAAAAGUCCAAUGAUAAAGUCCAGAUAUCAGAAAAUAGUGUUGGAAACAGAUUAAAGACAAUAAAUGUUCACAGCAAAACUAAAUUUGACCGAUCAACAACAGACUUGCAGAGUCAUUCGGAGGCGGAACAAACAAACACUGUCACGGAUGACUCUGAUGAUUUAGACGUGACUUCAUCCAAAAAAGGAAACUGCCAGAACAAUUCCAAAAACAAGUUAACAGUUUUGAAUGUUAAGCUGAUUGAAGGCAAAGAGGUAACAUUAGGCAGAACACAUUCAAGGUCUCAUUCACCUUUGUCCAGCUUAAGUGUGACCACUGCGACAAGCAAAAACGAAGACUCGGAUUUAGAUAGUGAAAUAACACUUUCGAGUGUUAAGAGUAAGAGUGAAAGUACUCCAUCAAAAGUUAUGCAGAAGAAGCCGGUAUGUAAUUUGACAAAAACCAAAUCAACAGAAGAUAAUUUUAGCUCUCCAUCAAACAGUGUGUCCGAAAAAAUUCUUAAUCCUCAAAACAAGAAGACUGUUAAGGAACAAAAGGAAAAUGACACUAAUAUUUCGUUAGUCGAUGCUGAUUUUGAAGACAUCAUUCCAGUGUCAAAAUUAAAUAAAGAAUCGAUUAGAGCAUUGGAAAGCAAACCCAUAUCAUCACCAAAGUCUUUAUACAGUUGCAGUGAAUUAGAUUCUCAUGCUGACUCUAAUUCAUCUGCAACAGAUUACGUUGUACAAGAAAACGAAGAUCUCAGUGACACAACUCCAAGUUCACCUGAAGUAAUGAUUCCACCAAAGUGUCCCAAAAAACCAUCAGCAUUUCUGACUUCCAGUUCAGAUUCUGAUAUACCUUUAUCUUCUAUAGUUGCGACCAUACAAGGGAAUUUGAAAAAAGAAGCUAGUAAGAUGAAAAGUAGGCUUAGAAGUGGAGGACCUGUAAGUAGUGAAGUUAUAGUCGUCGGUAAAGAAAAAGCUGGUAAAGUUCUGAGAACCCCUGCUAAAGCUCCAGUAUAUUUGAAUGGUUCAUUAAAAUCUGUGUCCAGUGGAAUUGAAAUGAACACGGGAUCCGAUAAAGAGUCAGAUUCUGGAAAAUCAUCUGCUUCAAAGAACACUAAUUCUUCAUUCAAUCCCAGUGAAAGAACUUCUUCCUCGUCAAACCAUUCUGAUUCUGCUUACUCCGCUGAAUCUACUGACAGACUCGCGUCUUCUUCUGUAACGUCUACAUCGACUUCUAGUGAAUCUUAUACGAAUGACCACACCUCAGACCUGAGUUAUUCUGAGGGCUCUGAAGAUUGUAUUGUGUCCAGGUCUAAGUCAAAACAAAAAAUCACACCUAAGAGAAAUGGCAAGUUGGCAACACCUACUAAAAACAAACGAGUUGUCAAAAACUUACAUUUGCACAGUGAAAGUAGUAGCAGUGAAAUAUCCGUGAAAGAAAAGUUGCUAUUUGGUAACAAGAAAAAAUCACCUCCUAAAGCUAGUGUUAAAAGUGAUGAACCUAAAGCUCCAAGUUGUAUUAUACCUACACUCACAACCACAGUUAAUCAGGAAGACAGGUCCGGGUGGCAGACAUUGCUCACCAAGAUGCGGACAGGUUGUUUCCCGUCGGACCUGAAAAUCGACAGUGAAGACAGUCUCACAGUCCAGAGUUCCUGUUCCAGUUCUGAUACAUCACUCUCCUCCAUGGGCCUACCUGGACGGCAGUGUCCUUUCUACAAGAGAAUACCAGACACACCAUUUGCUGUGGAUGCAUUCCAGUACUGGAAUAUUCCUGGAGUGAAAAUGUACUUCUUGAGCCAUUUCCACUCAGACCACUACAUCGGACUGAAGAAAAGCUUUUCUUUCCCGAUAUAUUGUACCCAAAUCACAGCGAACCUGGUACAUAUGAAGCUGCGGGUUGCGGAGAAGUUACUGCGUGUUCUGGAGCUCAAUAAGCCAGAAAUUAUCUGCGGUGUUGAGGUUACAGCUCUGGACGCCAACCAUUGCCCCGGAUCUGUCAUGUUCCUUUUCUCUUUGACCAAUGGGCGCAAUUACCUCCAUGUGGGUGACUUCCGAGCCUGCCGCGCCAUGACUCACCAGCCCUCCCUGCGGAGCAUCACCAUCUCCAAAUUGUUUCUAGAUACAACCUAUUGCAACCCCCAGUACUGCUUCCCAACACAAGAGGAGGUGAUCGGGAGGAUCAUCGACAUCGUGAAAGCACACGUGCAGGAACAUCCUCGCACCCUGGUGGUGUGCGGCUCUUACACGAUAGGCAAAGAAAAAGUGUUUCUGGGAAUAGCAGAGGCUAUGAACUGGCGUGUCUGGGCACGCCCUGAGAAGCAGCGAAUUUUCACGUGUCUCGACGAUUCUCGGAUCAAUUCACGUCUUGUGAAAGAUUUCCGUUUGGCCAACGUCCAUGUCCUGCCCAUGGGAAGCAUCCAGAUAAAGGUUAGCUUGAAUUGUGAUUAGGUUGAUAGUGAUGAGUUUUUAUUGGUAGGAUGA